UCAAACAAAAAGUUUAGCAAAGGUAAACACAGACACACCAACGCCAACACACGUGUCUUAAGAUUAAGAAAAAAAAGAACUUUAUGUAAUUUGAAAUUUCAGCUUUUAUUUUAAUCUUUCGUAAAAUUUGCUCAAACUCAUAUUAGCACCAUGUCAUCGAGCAACAGAUGCAAACCAAACAUAUUAGUGACUGGAACUCCCGGCGUUGGAAAAUCUACUCUAUGUGAACAAGUGGCGGAAAUUACGGGAUUAGAAUGGAUCCAAGUUGGAGCUUUUGCAAAGGAAAAUGACUGCCUUGAUGAGUUCGAUGAAGAGUACAAAUGUCCAGUGCUCAAUGAAGAUAAAUUGUUGGAUGAGCUAGAAGAAAAAAUGAGCGAAGGAGGCAGAAUUGUCGACUAUCAUGGUUGCGACUUUUUUCCCGAGCGGUGGUUCGACAUCGUUUUUGUCCUCCGUACAGACAACACUCAACUUUUUGACAGAUUAAGACAAAGAGGGUACAGUGGGAAGAAACUAGAUGACAAUAUCCAGUGUGAAAUUUUUCAAACGAUUUUGGAAGAAGCUCAAGAAUCCUAUCAAGCCGAAAUUGUCCACCAGUUGCCAAGCAACACUCCAGAAGAAAUGGAGUCCAAUGUUGAACAAAUCACAGCGUGGGUUGAGCAGUAUGUGAAGAAUAACUCGUAAUUAUAGUUCAAACAAUAAAAUUUAAUUUUUCUCUAAA